AUGCGCGCGACCGCGCCGCUGUGCCUCCUGCUGAGUGUCAUAGCUCGCGUGCACGCAUUCGUACCGGGGGCGGAUGGUCCAGUGUCUAACCUGGAAGCCAUAGAGGGCGACAGUGCUACGCUGUUGUGUGAUGCCUCCACAGAUGCUGGCGACGAGUUGAUGCUCCUCGUGUGGUACAAAAACAACGCGCCUAUAUUCAGUUACGACGCAAGAAUAGAGACCGCCUGGUCGAACCCCUCGUACGACACGAGCGCCAGACUGAAGCCCGAGUUGCUGCAGCAGCCCACUAGCAUCACCAUCUCCGACCUGACGGAGCGUGACCAGGCGCUGUACCAUUGCCGAGUGGACUUCCUGGUCGCACCCACCAGGAAUAUAGGAGUCAACCUUACUGUCAUUGUACUUCCCAGUGAACCCUUCUUCCUGGAUGAACUCGGGAACAAAGUGAAGGAUAAGAUCGGGCCCUACCACGAUGGAGACACCCUGGUCCUCAGCUGCCUCGUCAUAGGAGGCCGUCCACCUCCUCGCAUCAGCUGGUACUCCGGCCAUACAUUAGUGGACGCGUCGGACGGCGUAAGCGACAUCCCCAGCGUGAGAGAGAACGAGCUAUACCUCCCACUCACUCGCGAUAACGCCGAGUCGCUCACCUGCAAAGCUUCCAACACUCACCUAAGACCACCAAUUGAGUCGAGUCUGCACAUCGAACUAUAUCUGCCAGCGUACAACGUGUCUAUAUACUGGGUGGAAGGCACGGUUGGAGAUGUGCUGCAGGCUGGGAAACCGGCUCUGGUGAAGUGUACCGCCAAUGGCGCCUACCCUCAGCCGGACCUGGCAUGGUGGCUGGACCACAGACACCUCACGCAGCAAAGCAAUCAGAGUUGGAGUAACGCUACUCACACGUCAGUGUCAUUACUGCAGCUGACUCCAGCGGUUUCGGACAACGGAGCUACCCUCGCCUGCGUAGCCACCAACCCCGCGAUGGCUCCCAGCAGGGGCUCCAAAGCUGACGUCAUCACCCUCAAUGUCACAUACAGUCCGAUCGUGGAGGUGUCGAGGGUCGGGGAUGGGAACCCCAACGAGCUGGUGGAGCUGGACAGCCUCCACCUGGAGUGCGAGGUGAAGGCCAACCCACCCGUGGAAAAGUUCACCUGGUACUUCAACGAUAACCAGAUAACCUCUGGCAGUAUAUGGGGUGACGAAGUGCACUCCCAAAAAUUGUUCGUGGAGGAGGCUACCCGUCGGAACGCGGGACGGUACUCCUGCGCAGCUGGGAACACCGUCGGCGAAACUAGAGCCGAGGCCAUAAAUAUUACUGUACAUUACCCACCGGAAUGCGCUGAGCGCGGGGUGGUGCUCAUCAGAGAGACGAUCAAAUGCAACGUGCGUUCGCUGCCGACACCAGACACGUACUUCUGGCACGUGCAGCCUUCAGGGUCGGAGGUGCAGCACCUCACCACAGGUUCGCCACUGCUCACACUUGCGCAGAUCACUGGACCACUGACAGGCACACUGAAGGCGACUUGCGAGGCUAGCAACGGUGUAGCAUCCCAGGACCAGCCUUGCGUCCGCAUCUUCAGCCUGGAACAGCUGCGACCUCCACAGCCGCGACAAUGCGAUUUGGCCUUUGAGCACGACGAAUUCCACAUACGAUGCAUGCCAGUCGACAACGCGACAUACUACGAGUUGUCCGUAUGGCGGAUGAGUCCUUCCAACUCCUCGCUGGUGCUGGAGCGGCGAGGGUCCAUGGGGUUCGGGGCGCGGCGAGCCCUGGCUCAGGGUGGGAGCCCCGAGGGGGCGGUGCCGGGGGGCGGGGUGUGGUUGGUGCGGGGUGCCCUGGGAACACUGCGACCUGCGGAUGAAGCUGGUGCUGCUGCCUGCAACCGAUACGGGUGUUCCGAGCCUCUACUGCUGAGGCCGACGGAGAACUUACUGCUUGCUGCUUCACCGCCUUGGUGGCAUUUCGUAAUGGACAAGGACGUCGGCAUCUCGUUAGGCGCGGUGGUGCUGGUGUGCGUGUUCCUGAUCUCCACCGCGCUGGUGGUGCGCCUCGCGCGACGACCGCGACACAAGCAGCCCGCGCCCGUCAUACAGGUGCUGCAGCUGGACGACGUCACAAGGGGAUACAUCGACAAUAUCACUGAGAACAAGGUCCGCGCGUCGUGCAGUCUUCGCUCUUGCAGUAGCGGCUACUCGGACGGCUCGGCGCCGACCCUAGACGAUGCUGCGCCCGCGCCUGCUCCCCUGAUCGAUCGCCGCCGAAAGCCGCUGCUAACCGACCACUGUUGGGACGCACCGCCACCUGACGUCACGCUUACGUUACACAGAGAGAGUGCCGUUUGA